AUGUCAGACGCCCGGGUCAUGCUCGCGGCGGCACACGGCGGUUUUGACAUGCUCACGACGCUAGACUCGAUGGAGCACGACAUUGGAAUCAAGGAAGACUACCAAGGGGGGUGGGUGGAAUAUGAACUCCUGUACUUCAUCUUCCACACGUCUCCCAACAAGGGCGACACCUCCCUGGUCCAUUUCAUCAUGGAAAUGGUCGACUCCUGGCCCAGACGACAUCAGUGGACGCAUUGGGUCUACCCUACGUUCGAGAAAGGGCUGCUGCGGGACGCCGAGGCCGUCUUCGACACACGGGAGACGGUUUGGGCGUGCCGUGGCCAUGGCGCGGAUGCACGGGCUGAAGUCGAUGCUCGACGUCCUGGCUGGGCUCGGGGCUGCGGUCGAGGACGCGGGCUUGCUAGCGCCAUUGUGGGCAUAUUUAUGUUUAUCAAGGCAAUUGGAGAAGAUGCUUGCUCCGGGGCUGCUGAGAUUUUUGAUCCCACCUAA